ACCCUCUUCCGCCUUUGGAUAUCAUUGAUUAUAGAAGAUAUAUCAUUUGGAGGAGCAGAAGCAAGAGAACAAAAGUGUAUGGCUAUUUGCGCAUUCAAAAUGAACUCCGUUUCUGCAAUCUUUACUACAACGCUGCCACUGAAAUCCUCCACCCGGCGUCGUUUUAGCUCAACAAUCCCAAGGGUGCUCUCUGUUAUCAAAACAUCUCCUCCUGUGAGCGGAGUUGAUGUGGAUGAAGUUUUGAGAGACUUCUUGAAGGAAAGGAAAUGCAAUGGGGACUUGAUAGCUAGAAUUUCUGACAGAAUUUGGCUAAGGGACAUUGCCCCGAGCGUCGAUGAUACAGAAUCUGGCACUGUAUCUACUAACACUAUUCAGUUAUUGGAGGAGGCUUUAGGGGAAGAAAAUGAGGGUGGAUUUUUGAAAUUGAAGAGCACCAGUGAAUGGCUAUCGGGUGAGGCGUCAGCGCCCAUUAAUAAGAAGAGGACCAUAGAGGAAAUACGAGAUGACAGUGAGAGAAGGAAAAGGCUGAACUUUCUCAGAUACGAGGCUCUGAAGAGGGACUUGCUAUUUUUAACUGUGAGCAUUGGGGCUGCUUGUGGGGGCUAUUGCCUGGUAGCUUUAUCACCACAGGCUGCUCUCAGCUAUGCAACAGGAGUGUGUUUCAGUUGCAUAUACUUUCAACUCUUAUGCCAACGUGCAGAUAAGCUCUCAAAGGAAAUGGUUCCAGAAAUUUUCUUGAAAAAGAAACCAAAAAAGAUUGGAAUUAGAAGUGAGGACUUGGAGGAUAUGUUUGUGAAAUCUGUUAAGGGUAGUGGCAUUGCUCUUUCAUCUCCCAGACUUGUUUUACCCGCAGCAAUAUACGGAUUAUGGGAGUUAUGCCAGCAUUUCGCACAUGAUCUUGUUGACUUCCAGCUGCUGCCUGCAAUGGUUGGGUUGUUUGCGUAUAAAGCUGCUGCUCUGGUGCAAGUGUAUAGGGACAACGAAGACCUUCAAUUUAUUUUUCCCGAGAAUGAAGAAGUGUCUGGUGACUGAGCGAAAUUUUCACUAACACACAUUCAUAUUUUGAUCCAUUGAAAGAGCUGGAUAUGUCGUCCUGGAACACACAUCUUGCUGGUACACAAUCUCUUUUCGGCUUUUGAUAUUUUGGUUUCUCGCCUUCCCUAAUUCAACUCAUCCAAUGCUUUCUUUCUCUCAAGUAUUGCGGCCCAGUGCAGAAGAAAACUAAUGUUGAGACUGACUUAAGAAUAGGGUAUUUGUGUGUUGAUGAAAAUUCUUGACUUAAUGUGGAAGCAUGUUAGUCUCCAGUCUUUUGAUAAGGAAGGAGGGGGUUCUGCGUUUGGUAUAUGAGAUCAUACUAUCAGCUUGAUGUACAUAAGUGAGUUUCAACUCUCAACGGAUCAUGCAGUAAUAGUAUGAGUAAUAAUGUUAAGAUUUCAAACUGAACAACUUUUUAUUGUAAUGAAAAAUUUGGUGAGAGCUAUUGUAGUGGUGAUUAUGUUACUUUCAUCUUGUUA